CCUCAUAGUCCAAAACUUAUAAGACACCAAACAUCAAAGAAACAAAACAAGAAGAUAAAAAUUUGUUCCCAUCUUACCCUUUUUCAAGUAACACAAACUACUUUGAUUUCUUUCCCCCCUUUUGUGUUGUAACAAAAAAGAAGGAAAAUCAAGAAUUGAGAAGAAGUGUCAAGAAAAUGUCUGAAGUUAGAGAUCCUGCUAUUAAACUGUUUGGUAAAACAAUUGGUAUGACACAACAAGAAACCAAUUGUGUUUAUCUUCAUGAUGAUCAUACAACCUCAUCCCCUCUUUCAAUUGAUGAUGAUAAGAUCACUUUAGAAGGAGAAUUUACACAAAGCAAACAAGAUGAUGAACUUGUCGAUCCAACUGCAGACUCGUCGAUUGAACCAGAAACAUCAUCUGGUAUAAGCGAUGACAUCAAGAUGCAGGAUGCAGAUAAAGAAACAUUAUCAUCAAAAUCUAUCGAGGAGGAGGAUUCGAGUGAGGAAAAGGCACUCAAGAAGCCUGAUAAAUUGAUUCCAUGUCCGCGAUGUAAUAGCAUGGAAACAAAGUUCUGUUAUUACAACAAUUACAACGUCAACCAGCCUCGUUACUUCUGCAAGAACUGCCAGAGAUAUUGGACUGCUGGAGGGACAAUGAGAAAUGUGCCUGUGGGAUCUGGUCGCCGAAAGAACAAGAGUUCUUCCAUUUCAAAUUAUCCUCUUCAAGCAGGUCGGGUCGAAGCAGCAUCUCACGGAAUGCAUCUUCCUGCUUUAAGGACAAAUGGAACUGUCCUUACAUUUGGAUCAGAUAAACCCCUUUGUGAUUCAAUGGUUUCUGCAUUGAACUUAGCUGAGAAUUCACAUAAUAUGAAUCGAAAUGAAUUCUAUGGAUCCGAACGAAGAAUGCCUGCAGUUGGGAAUGAUCAAUCAAAUGGAACUUGUAGUACAGCCUCAAGUGUAACUGACAAAGAAAGCAGUGCUGGUACUCAUGAUUUAGCAAAUUGGAAUAAUUUCCAGCCAUUUCCUCCUCAAGUACCGUACUUUCAGGGCGCUCCGUGGCCUUAUUCUGGCUUUCCAGUAUCAUUCUAUCCAGCAACACCGUACUGGGGCUGCACCGUAGCAAACCCUUGGAACGUACCUUGGCUUUCUUCUGAUCAAUCAUCAGUCCAGAACAACAGUCCUACUUCACCAACAUUAGGAAAACAUUCUCGGGAUGAAAGCAAGAUUGAUCCAUCACAAUCACGGAGAAGAGAUGCUAAUUUGCAGAAUAGAGAAGGCGAGAGAUGUGUACUGAUUCCGAAGACAUUAAGGAUUCAUGAUCCAAAUGAAGCGGCUAAAAGCUCUAUAUGGUCAACACUAGGUAUCAGGAAUGAGAAGAUUGAUUCGGCUCGUGGUACAAUGCUCUUCAGUGCCUUUAAUCCAAAAGCUGAUCAUAGAAAUCGCGAACAUGACACUUCUUUUGCCCUGCAAGCUAAUCCAGCAGCCUUGUCUAGAUCACUUCAUUUCCGCGAGAGCACACAAUGAUAAGACUUACAACAUGGUUCAUGGUUGCCUAGUACCAAUCAUUGAUGUUAGUGCAGCUAGCACCUAAUCAUGGAAAUAGUCU